ACAGAGGGUACUGUAUUUUAUGUUUAAAUCAACAGCUCUAACACAAACCUCUCUCUUUCUUUAUUUGUGAAUUUUAAAUUAGAGUUAUUAUUGGUACAACGUUGGUAUAUUAGUGAAAAUGGCUGCAGAAGAUUCUGAAGUAAGAUCUUGUCUUCAAGAAAUUGUGAAGCUUGAUUUAGAAAUAAAAGCACUGAUCCAGGACAUCCGUGAGUGUGCUUUGACGGAAGAUAUUUUGGAGGAUCUAAACAAAGAUGCAAGGCUAAAAAUCGGAAAACUUCAGAAGAAAAUUGAGGACUUGGAAGUGUUUGGAAUAGAAGCAGAUUUAGAAGAAGACAGACAAGUCAUCAUGAGAGAUGUGGAAAACCAUAAAGAUAGAUUGUCUAAUAUAAUCACCUCUCUCAGACAGUCCAACUUAACAGCCAAGUUUGCCAUGGAGAAAGCAAAUACUGAAAAGUUGAUGACCUCCAGAGGUUCAGGCAUAAGGCAGAGGGGACGAAAUAAAGAGAGCUUGGUCAAACAAGCUACAGCAAUUACAGAAAGUUUAUAUGGCAUCAACAAGAAAUUGACGGAGCAACUGAGUCAAAGUGAGGCUACGAAAGGGACAUUGAUCAAGAGCUCUGGUACAGUGACAGAUACAAUGGAGGAAUUCAAGAACAUGGGAGCUCAUAUAGGGACUUCACAAAAAUUAUUGUCAAAAUACAAUCGUAGACAACUUACAGACAAAUUUCUGAUAUUUCUUGCUCUAGUGUUUUUCAUUGCAACUGUUUUGUACAUAAUUAAGAAAAGGUUAUGGUAAGAUUAUUUAAAAAAAAAAAUAAAACUUUGCUUAUUGGUAAUGUAAGAUGGUUCACAUGCAUCAAUGUUUAUGGACUUGAAUUAUCAGGAACAAUUUUAAGAUCACAAAUUAAUGUUUAAUAUUAAUGGUUUAUUUUAAAUACCUUACCUGUGAUUUGUAUAGGAAUUUUGUACUGCUUGAUGCAUAUUACUUAUUGAUGAAUUGGAGUAUGUGUUCACUUAGCAAAUCUAAACAUGCUAAAUGUGGUUCAAAAACUGUAGCUACACUUAUUCUUUGGUGUGAUUAAUAAUUAUGGAUCGAUUUAUUAAUUUUGAACAUGUGCAAUGAAAAUGAAUAAUUUAUGUGAAAAAUAAUA